GAUCCCGUAUACACCAGGAUCCGCUUUCCCGUGCGAGUUUCGGUGCGGAGCCGGAAAAAGCCUCGGUGUGUAGAGUGCGGUUCCUUACCAUCGCUCUCUUCCCUUUUUCUCUCGCAUCGUCUCCGCCCCCCUCUCCCUCCACGGGGCUCGUGCCAGCGGCCGCUCGUCCGUCCUCCCCCCUCUCCUCCUCGCGCCCUCCCAGAGGACUGGCGCGUCGACGUCGCCAGCCUCCUGGGGCUCCUCCUCGUGUUCGUCCUCGUCUUCUGCCUCUUCCGGUGCUUCUGCGCCGACCAAGGGAGCCGCGAGCUGCUAGGCCAGGACGCGGGCGACUACUCCACCAGCGGGCCAUCGUACCUGAACUUGUGGCGCAUGACG